AAUCCUUAAUCUUUUUCAUUUAUGCUUUUCUAAAUAUUUCAGAUUUCUUCCAUUUUCUUGUUUCUCUCUCUAGAAAUUAAAGAAAUCAGAGGAGAAGAACAUGGAGGAGAAGAAAGUUGAAGAUGUCAUCAAACCAGAAGAACCCAAACAAGAAGUAGAAACCAAAUCAGACAAGCCGGCUGCCACUGAAGAGAAGAAUUCCGAUGAAUCGAAGGACACAACUCCGCCGCCGCCACCGCAAGAGAUUGUGCUGAAAGUGUAUAUGCAUUGUGAAGGAUGCGCCAAGAAAGUGCGAAGAUGUCUCAAGGGAUUUGAAGGAGUGGAUUAUGUUUUCACGGAUUGUAAGAAUCAAAAGGUGGUAGUUAAGGGGGAGAAAGCGGAUCCGGUCAAGGUUUUCGAAAGGAUUCAGAAGAAGAGUCACCGGAAAGUAGAACUCCUGUCACCGAUUCCGGCGGCGGCGCCGCCUCCACUGGUGGAGGAACCGAAGAUGGUAGAGGAAAAAGAAACCUCCAAACCAGAAGAAAAGAAAGAAGAGGUGAUUAAAGUGGUACUCAAAGUUAACAUGCAUUGUGAAGCCUGUGCUCAAGAAAUCAAAAAGAGAAUACUCAGAAUGAAGGGAGUGGAGAAUGUAGAGCCAGAUCUUGGGAACUCACAGGUUACAGUGAAGGGUAUUUUCGUCCCUGAGAAGCUUCUACAUUAUGUGUAUAAGAGAACCGGUAAGCAAGCUGUAAUAUUGAAGAACGAACCGGAGAAGAAAGAGGAAGAAAAAGCUAAGGAAGAGAAGAAGGCUGAAGGGAAAGAGGAGAAAAAGGGAGGUGAUGAUGCUGCAAAGGAGAAGAAGGAUGGCGGUGAGGAGGCGCCGGCGCCGGUAGGAGGAGAGGACGGCGGCGGCGACGCCGUGAAGGUGGUGGAGAUGAAGAAGAACGAGUUCUAUUACUAUAAUCCACAGAUUCACCAAAUUUACACUCAAAGCCAAAGGUAUCCUAACGAAGGGUAUGUUUACCAAAACUACCCCUCUCAGAUGUUUAGUGAUGAGAACCCUAAUGCAUGUACUGUUAUGUGAAAAUGAGGGUAAAAUGGGGAAAUCACAUGAUAUCGAAAUUUAGUAAAGUCUUGCUGGUAAAUUAUUCAUGGAUUUUUUUUU